AGGGGACUUAAUAUGAAUAGUAGGAAAGGCAGAGAGAACCUGAACAGAAGCGCGCGACAAGAGGGUGGCCUACGGGCAAUUGAGAGCAGCCGCCGGCAAGUUAGACUAAGUCAUCACUAGCUGGAGCUUCAGCCUCCCUCCAACGAGGCUUUGAACAUGGCGCCUACAAGGCUGAGUUGGCCAUCCGUGCCUGUUGUAUUUGUUCAUUGAAAAGGACAUGGAGCCGUCGAUUUGAUUAUCAAGGCCCGCUAUGAAGUGAAUGGUUCCUAUUCACCUAACCAUGGCGAGACAAUUGAUCCUGCUGGCUUUGCUCGUCAGCAUACCCAGCGCCCGAGCAACGGGGUGGGAUGACUUCACCGAUGAUCUGGCAACAGACUUGGCACCUCUGAUAUCCCUAUUCGGGGAUCGACUGAGCAAACAAUACCUCUCCGAAUCGAUCAGCGUACUAGACAACCUCAUAUUCGCCGUUUCGCCUCUGGGCAUUCUCACAGCAGUGAUUUCUGCCAUCCGCAUCUGCGGGAACGCCUCUGUAAGGGCGUUCGUGGGUCGAGCCCAGGAAGGUCCCGGAGAAGCAGAGAAUGAACUGUUGUCCUGUGUCUCCGAGACCACAGCGGAACUUUUCAACCACGGAGGUAUCUCGAGGGUCACUGGAAGACCUCGAAUAUUAGAGACCAUUGUAUGGGAGGAGAUAGACCCACGGACCCAGCAGCGCUCGUACAAGAUCGGAACUCUGCGGGACGCGCUUCAGUCCGGUGCCUGGGUGGCCGGAGAAGGCCAAUGGAUUCUUGAUGGGAAAGAGUACUUCGCUGAGCUCGACAUAGCAAACCUUUCCUUGAACAAGGGAAUCGCAAGAAGGAGCCAGGGGUGGUUUUAUGCUGCUGCGGCACUGGGGUUUCUGUUACAAGUAGAUCGGUUUCUGAAAGAUGGCAACCCGGUGGUUGAUUAUGCUUUCCCCUUAUUCUUCAUGGGUACCAUGCUGCUCAGUAUUGGGAUGUUCUUCUGCGCUUUUCUCAUCCAACGCUCCUCCGCAAAAUGCUACAUCCGCCCGACCGUCCCCAGCAAGAUAUACUGGCUGCAGCCAGGAGACCAAGAUGUCGGAGACCGGACCUUCGGUGCUUAUUUGGCUGUCAACGAAGGAUCCAGCGCGCAGGCUAGCAAAGACCUCUUGUACAUCAAAUCAGUCAGGAGCCCCGUUGAAUCUACGGAGCAGCCACUGCUGGCGCUCGCGGUGACCACGGCUGUCGUUGGGUUCGUGACCCAAUUUGUGGGCUUCCGCGGGCUUCAUGCAUCGGUGAUUCUUGCACAGGUGGGUUCGACCUUCCUGAUGUCAAUCGUGAGAGCAUCCCUCCGGACCAAAAGAUCUGGAUCAAACGAGAAUCGGUUCACGAAGCCAGAGAUAGAUUUGGUCUCUCAUAGAAAGCAAGAGUUAGACUGUUUCGCAUUCCACCUCGAAGGCAUUCGAUCGUUUGAGUUAAUGGUCAAUGGAGUUCCUGCGUCUCCGUCGCAGGUGCAUGUCAAUCAGACUUUCGGUACAAGCUCUACCACUCACGGAGCACAAAAGCAUGGUUCUGGGACAAGAGCUAUACAGACGAGGACACGAUUAGCUCAGCUAAUAUCUGAAGGAAGCCAUGAUGGCAUGAAGUGGGAUGAUUUGCCCAUCAGGCAAAUAGCUUGCAAUCUAGCGAAAGCGAUUACAGGGACGAUGGCUUUGUUCUCAGAAUGGAAGCACAUUAUCAAAGAUACCCACUCUUUCGACCUUCUGUUUCAAUGCCAAGCCCACAAUAGUAGCAACAGCAACGCUACUAGUUCGGUCACUGAAAAUUACCCUAUCAAGCUUGUUAGGUCGGAGGAGACUUUACAGUGGGAGGUUGAUAUCGUUGCGCUAGAAGCAGUGCUUGGACUUUGGACAUGGUCACAGAUCAAGACCGACCCGGGAUACCUCCAGAGUGGACUUGUUCGUGCCGUUGGGCUGAAUGAGAAGGAGGCCUCGGAAGAAGAAGCUGACUUACUGUUCCAUAAAUGGAUGUUCCGCCACAUCGAAGCGCAGAUGAUUCCUGCGAAUAUCAUCAGCUUCCACAACCGACGGUUCGGUUUUCUUCCCAGCACAAGUUCAAACAGCAAGAGUAUACUUGCUGUGAGGACCAACGUCGGGAUGGAAGUUGCGGCUGCGCAGGAGAUCUAUAUAAGGUUCCUCCAAAGCGUCCUGCGCGAAGUCACGAACUUCGGCGGCCAUGUUGAGAUACGCGCAGGAUCACAGAGCGGGUAUAUGGCUUUCAGUAAUCGCCUGGAUUCACUCGCGGCGGUCUUUACAGCAGAGAGGCUGGGGCUCACUGAAGACGCCUUGCUGUGCAUUGUACCGACCUUGGAGCAUCAUAGUCUCUUGCCAAGGCUGGCAGGAGACUCAGAAGGGGUGCAACAAUACAUCCAUAACAACAUCGUUGCUCAAAAGUGGACAGAAGCCUUUGCCGCCCUACACUGGCUGUGUGAGCGUUGCGCCGGAGUCGAGUUCGAACAUACGUUAUACGAGCUGGGCUAUCUGUGCCGCCGGGCGAUGGUGCACUUUGACUCGAAGACACAGGCGGAGGGCUUCCAAAAUGCUGUUCGUCUGCUAGAGAGAGAUCCCAGAGCAAGCCUCCGAGCUCGUCUGAGGAGUUCGCGCCCAGAUAAUUGGCUGGACGUCAGUAGACGCCCUGAGCGCUGGAGCGCCAUCUCGCUUCAGCUAGGGUGGCUAGCAUGGCACACGGCCGAAAGAUACCGUGACAAAGACGCCGUCCAGAGCGCACUCGGCGCUCUCGGGAUUUCGGGCGAUACUCUGCCCAUUUCCAGAGCCUCCGAUCAGGACGCCGAGGCCAGCUCCGGCUCGCAGGCCGUCCUUCGGUGGCUGAUCCAUGGCGACGAGGUGUUCACCCGUGAGUUCCUCGGAGCUGAAGACCAGCUCGCGCUGGACUGGGUCAUCCAGAACGGCCAUCACGCGCUCAUGCAGUGGCUCAUCAUCCGAUGGACCGAGUGCCAACAACAGUGCCCGGGGCUGAUCCAUCAUGUCAUCAUGUGGGCUGCCGAAAAGGGGUAUCAGGAUACCAUCAACACGCUACGCCGACGCGGCAUAAGCCUCAACACGAAAGACGAGUCCGAUGACGGACUGACACCCCUGAUCAAGAUGGUCGCGACGGGGAACCACGCGGCCGUGGAAGUGCUGCUCGACGCGGGCGCCUACAUUGACGGCCCUGAUGCCCGGGGCGCAACGCCAUUGAUGGCAGCCUGCCAUGUCGGGGAUCUCGCGAGCGUCUCGCUUCUCGUCCGCCGGGGAGCCAAUGUGAAUGCCCAGGCCCGGAACGGCGGCCUCACUCCGCUCCUGGUGGCAACGUCGGGGGAUCACCCCGGUGUGGUCCGAUGGCUCUUGGAUCAUGGCGCCCAUGUUGACAUGGGGUAUCCGUUGCUGGUGGCGGCCUCGGAGGACCGCGUGGAAUUGAUGAAGGUGUUGUUGGAAGGUGGCGCAGAUGCGGACGUCCAGACGGAGGACGGCUGCACUGCUCUGAUGCUGUCGGCUCGGAACAGGUGCACUGCGGCGAUGAAGGUCCUACUGGACCGGGGUGUUGACGUCCGCAAACAUAUGUGGAGCGGCACCACGGCCUUGGACUGGGCGCGAGACGUACAGCAUGCAGAGGCUGUCGAGCUUUUGGAGCAAGCAUUGGCGAGGGACUCAACAUCACAAAUAUAAUUUGUGUGCAUCGAGGCAUUGCCGGGUCUAUGCAUAUUCGAGUAAAUCGGAAAGCUGCCUAGCAGAUUCAUUGUAGAUUACGAU